AAAGAUCAGAUGUUAGUUCGGUUUCUAAUUUUAAUCAAAUUAUGUUUGGAUCUAUUCCAUCAUUGAUUGCUUCCAUAUUUGAAAUUUUGUUUUUAAUUUUCAAGAAUAUAGUUACAUUUUUUAUUCCAGUUUAUUUCUUAAAAAAAUCUAUUAAAGAUCAGACAGUAUUUAUUACAGGAGCCGGACAUGGGCUAGGUAAAGUAUUAGCAAAAGAAUUAUCUAAACUUGGAGCCAUCAUUUUAUGUUGCGAUAUUAGUAAAGAACUAUGCGAAGAAACAGUGGAAGAAAUUAAAAAUAGUGGAGGAAGUGCUUUAGCAUAUAUAGCUGAUGUAAGCAAAAGAACUGAUAUGUAUGAAACAGCUGAGAAAAUUAAAAAAGAAGUUGGAACUGUUAAUAUAUUAAUUAACAAUGCUGGAAUUAGGGUAGGGAACACCUUUUUAGAUACCGCCGAUUACAAUAUACAAAGAGUAUUAGCAGUGAAUAUUUUGGCUCAUAUGUGGACAGUAAAGGCAUUUUUGCCAGAUAUGGUGGAUAAAGAUAGUGGUCAUAUAGUUACCAUUUCCAGUUUGGCUGGGUUGUUUGGGGUAAAUGGGCUAGUUGAUUAUAGUACUAGUAAAUUUGCUGCAGUUGGAUUUCAUGAGUCAAUUUAUUCAGAGAUGCAAAUUUUAGGAAAAAUGGGAAUUAAAUUUACACUUAUCUGUCCUUAUAUUAUAAAUACAGGAAUGUUUCCUCUUUCGAAUAAAUUGGGAUUGUCUUUAGAUCCAGAAUAUGGAGCUAGAAAAAUUGUGGAAUCAAUUUUAACAAACAAACAAUUACUCAUAAUUCCACAUAUAUUUAGGGUUUUAUAUCUAUUCAAAGGAUCAAUGCCAUUUAAUGUGCAAUUUAAAUUGGGACGAUUAUUUGGAAAUGAUAUAUUUCUUAAAAAGGAAUAUUGGAGUUAAAUAUAUUGCUCAGUAUUUACAUUUGUAUAUUUGCAUAUUAAUUUUUUUUUAAACAUUUUUUAAAAAAAGUACAAAUAUAAAAUUAUUCAUAUUUUUUAAAUUGUAAAAGAUUGAAAUUAUAUAGCAUUUAAAAUUGUGAUAUUUAUUUUUAAAUUCUUCAUUUUUUAAUUGGAAAUUUUAAUGUUAAUCAUGCU